AAGAUUUCUUCAGCCGUUUAUGCUUACAUAAGCAUGCUACAUAAAUACAUACAUGUAAAAGUCAUUAUAAAAUAACUUGUUUUAUAUUAACUAAGUUAAGUACAAUUAUUAUUGGGCAAGAUUAAUGAUUAAUGAUCUUACUGUCCAGUUGUUAGGUCAUUCUGAGGAAGUGAUUACGAUACAUGAGUCCAGUUUACAUUAACGUUGUACAUAUAUGUAUGUAUUUACUAUAUUUAUUUUAGUAGUAUACUUGUGAGAGGUCUUAUGUACAUGUAAAUCUUGUGUGCAUAUUUAGGAAAUUUUCCUCGACCUGUAAACUUGAAUCCCAGUUACAUACAUAUUAUAACUUGAGUCCUACGUGGGUAUUUAUUUAUGACACAUUUCUUGGAUAAUACAACUCACCAACCUUGAUGAUAAUUGGCUAAUCAAUUAACAAUAAAAACAAUAAUUCUAUAGCUAUGCAUUAUUUUAGUCAUCUAGUACAUUUCAUAUUAGAUUAAGGAUAACAAAAGGGAAGUGUUGCAAAUCAUGUGAAAACACUUUUGCCUACGGACGUACUAAACGAACCGAGUCAGAUUAUGAGACUUGUAAGAUUGUACAAGUUCCUUUAUGCAGAAACUUUGAAAUAGUAACGGGAAAUCGUCCAAACAUAUGUACCAAGUGUUGCGAGAUACCAGAAUGCGUAAAUUAUUACUUUUGUCACGCUAUAGAUUUGACUUUGCUUGGUAAUGUAAAAUUAUAUACAUCAGAUUUAAAGUUUUUGUAAGAAAUUUAUUACAGACCACGAAUUUAGUAGUACAAUUUCUUUAAUGUUAAAUCUCGAAUUGAACAAUAAAUCAUUUUCAUUCCAUUCAAUGGAAGAUAAUGUAUCGUUAAUAUCAGAAGCUUCUAACGAGUCUGUGGACAACCAACUUCCACAAAGACAUUACGUAGACCGAGGAACAAAUACUGAAGAUACAUUUCGGUUGGUCCCGUUCGAAAUUGAUCACUGGGCGAGUAAAUGCAGCAAAUUUGCCGAUGAAUUUCAAAAUAGUCGGUCAUUCGAAGAUGCGCAAAUGAAUAUUUCCGAGCUAGAGGAGAGCCUGGAUGAAUAUCUUAAAUUUCGUUAUUCCGACGAAGAGACGUUGAGAGUCGACAUUUUGCUGUAUGUAAUUCUUGCGAACAUUAUCGAUGGAUUGGAUGCAAAUAGUCACAUUUAUACUAAUGAGGUGCCGUCCGUCUCAAAAAUUUUGACAAAAUGUCUUUUAACUUCCGGUCAACUCGGCCGGUACGGAUUCCAAUCGUUUAAACAAUCAAUGAAAGCCAUUCGCUUUCUCAUAGAUUUCUACAAAAAUCGUAAAUUAGAACCUCAAAAAGUACCAAUUGUACUCUGGCAAUCUGUGAAAAAGGUGGGUGAAAAAGGGACAACUCCAUAUCCAAUCUUAUAUCCAGCAGAAUUUCGAUUUCACCUCGACGUAUGUCCUGAUACUGAAAGUUGCAAAACUGUCCGACUUGAUUUUGGAACUAUCUCCACCACUCCAAUUGUGCUAAGACAUUGCACGUCAACGCUAGAAAUAGUGGAAGCACUUAAAUGUUUACCAAAUCAGAAUUUAGAUUUUGGUUGUGACCAUAUCCAACCCAAGUUGGAGUUGAGAAAUGCCCCUUCAUCCUCCAUUGACCAACAACGCUCAACAAAGCUUGCGGAUAUUGGACUGCAGCAAAUGAUAAUUUGCGACAUUGAUUUAGGCCUUUCUUCGGACAAAUUACUCAUCUCGGACAUUGUACAAGGUCAACCCCAAUAUUCAAAGUCUUUUCAGCAAUUUCAAGUAAACUGUAGUGGUUCGGUCGUUAUAAGGUUUAAAAGCAGAUAUUUUGAGAGCGUUACUGCGGAUCGAGCAAACUUUUAUAUUCUUGGGACAAAACAAUACUACGAAAAACAUUCUCAAAUUCUUCUCGUGGACGUUAAAAAUAAAAAUGUGGAAUUAUGUGAUAGUGAUCAACACUGGUUGGUGGCUGAUUUACAAGGGAAAAAAGUUCAAGAUGCAGAAAAAAUUGAGGACAUUAAAGGUUUUAAAUGGGAUCUCAAGUUUGGUUCUUGCAAAGCAGGGUGUUGGACAAAUUCAGAAAUUCACUUUGUGGAUUCACUAACUCUCCUUCCUCUGCUUGAAGAUUGUUCAAUUUCUUUUGAAGACCAUGUUUGUCCAACUGACACUAAUUUACGACCAAAAUGUCCUGAUUGCAAAUUAGUAGACGGUCUUACUAUAAUUUCUGUUGAUCAAGUUUUCGACUCUGGAAGUGUUCAAAUUAAUGUUAAGCUAGACUUGAAAAGAUUAGGACUCGUCAAUACCGAUGGUACUUCAAUUGGUAGUGUUAAAACUGGAAAAUUCGCCCUGUUCAAGUUCGCCCUUUCCAUUCCAUUGGAGAUUAGGGGACUAUUGAUGGAAUUGCAGAAAGAAAGUACCCUUCGAAACAAACGAGAAGUUCCCGUUGGCAUAUUUAACCAAGAAGAUUUUAAGGAAAUAACGAAAUUAUGGGAAGAUCAUAAAGAUUAUUAUUAUGCUGUUUGGUAUGCAUCCUGACGAAUAUAAUACAUAAAAAUAUUUAUGAAUGUACACAUUUUGAAUGGUAUUGUAAUUGUCAGAUUUAUUCCUGCUUGUCAUGUGCUGUGAUUUGAUAGGUAUUUAUUAAUUAUUUAUGAUGUUACAUUGAUUGCCAGUAUUUUUUACUCAUAUUUGUAAUAUAUAUUUACUGAUUCUAAACGAACAUAUUUUUACGUUUCUGUACUACGUAUGUAUUCAAAAAAGCAAUUGCAUUAUGAUAUUUAUAAAUAUGCGUAGUAUGCAACAAAAUUUCCAAGAAUAAAAUAUUUUACAAAAUA